UUGGGCAAGCCACUUUUCCCCUCUGAGCCUCAGCUUCCUCAUCUGCAAAACAGGAAUAACAUUACCAAUCUCAUGGGCUGGAGACAAAUGCUGCACUUUCCAUUGGGAAAAGAAACACAGCCACAUCACAAUGAAAACUCUCACUGUCAACCAUGGUGACUAUAUAGUCAUCAGUAAAGAAAGCUUUUCUGCACCAUUGAGGAAAAAAAUGAGAUUAUGAAUGUAAAAGUUGUAUCCUAGCACAGAGCUCAAUUGGGGCAAUCAAGGACUAAUGCUUCCUCAAAUGAAGCCAUUGUUAUACACGUUUUGUUUCAUUUUCUUACUUAGAACGUUCUUUCUAGAAUGUUUUUUUUAAACCUCCUCUUAGAAAAAAAAAAUCACCAAAGACAAAUAGGCAGUUUGAAAAAGUUCAUAGUCACUAUCAAAAAAAUGAAACACUACAAGAAUGGGAUAACACUGAUGUGAUCAUUAUCUUCUCAAAACAAACAAAAACUUUAGGGUGGGGGAGAAAAGGAAUUGGGUUUAUUUGCUUAGAAAAAUGCUGGAGGGACACUAUCUAGAAAGUUAACAUUAGUGACUUUAGGGAAGAGUAAGAGGUUUUUUUUUCAAUAGGGUUUUUUUUCCUGUAUUUUUCACAUUAAAUAUAAUUUUUGCAGUUACCGAAAGUUCCGCGUUGCAAUAAAUCAGGCGGAGCGCGCUGUGUGGUCCAGAGGAUCGUUGCAGGGCCACAUUGAGACCGGUAGGUGGCGAGAACAAAGGCGAAGUGCAGCUGCGUGAGGGCGUGCGCUUCAGGGCGGAGCCUGCGACUGCGUCUAGGGGUGGGGCCUGGAUCCAGUCCUCUAGGGUCCAGGGUAGUCCGCGGAAGUGUCUAUGGCUGGACCGCGCGUGCGCCUCGUGGUCACCGCAGACGACUUUGGUUACUGCCCGCGGCGCGAUGAGGGCAUCGUAGAGGCCUUCCUGGCGGGGGCUGUGACCAGCGUGUCCCUGCUGGUCAACGGCGCAGCUGCGGAGAGCGCGGCGGAUCUGGCCCGCAGGCACAAAAUCCCCACGGGCCUUCACGCCAACCUGUCCGAGGGCCGCCCCGUGGGCCCGGCCCGCCUAGGCGACUCGUCGCUGCUCAGCCCCGAAGGCUUCUUCCUCGGCAAGAUGGGAUUCCGGGAGGCGGUGGCGACCGGAGGCGUAGCUUUGCCCCAGGUGCGGGAAGAGCUGGAGGCCCAGCUGAUACGCUUCCGAGAAUUACUGGGCGGGGACCCCACUCACGUGGACGGGCACCAGCACGUGCACGUGCUCCCAGGCGUGUGCCAGGUGUUCGCAGAGGUGCUGCAGGCCAAUGGGGUGCGCUUCACAAGGCUGCCGGUGGAACGUGGGGUGGGCGACCGCGCGUGGCUCGAGGCCCCCGCGCGUGCCUUCGCCUGCUCGGUGGAGCGCGACGCCCUGGCCGCCGUGGCCCCCUUCUCCCGCUACGGCCUAUGGUGGACGGAUGCCUUCGUGGGCCUGAGCACCUGCGGCCGGCACAUGUCUGUUCAUCGCGUAUCAGGAGCACUAGCACGGGCCCUGGAAGGCAUACCCACGGGCCAUACCCUGACAGCUGAGCUGAUGGCACACCCUGGCUACCCCAGUGUGCCUCCUGCCGGCGGCUGUGGUAAGGGUCCCGAUGCCUUUUCCUGCUCAUGGGAGCGGCUGCAUGAGCUGCGUGUCCUCACCGCACCCACACUGCGGGCCCAGCUUGCACAGGACGGAGUACAGCUCUGCGCUCUCCACGACCUAGAUUCCAAGAGGCCUGGGGAAGCCACUCUGAAAACCUUCCUGGAGCGCUCCCGGCCAUGACCCUGAUAGCCAGCCAAACAUAAACACCCAUUAGUACACAAAAAGGGGGCCAGUGUCAAGCCCAGGGACAUCCUGGAACCAGGCUGAGAGCCGGGGUCCAGUAACAUACUUCCCUGGGCAGGACCCUGUCACAUCUGUGUCCAGGUCCUCAUGGCUCAGAAUGGUGGCCAGAGCUUUGGCAACCCAUCUUGGCUACAGAUGACAUCUGGGCCUGGGGCCUGCCAAGCAUUUGGUGCCCUUCAAGUUGUCAUGUAAGUUAGCAUUUUCCUUGUCCAGAUGUAGUAGAGAUCGCUGUAUUAAUAAAAUAUUUGUCUUGUAAA